AGCUACAUUUCCACAUUUUCAGCCCGGUUUUUACUUUUUAUUUAUUUAUUUUAUAUAGGAUUUCACUAACUCUCCCUAACUGGGCUGUAGGCCAGGCUAAUCUCAAACUCCAAGAGAUCCUCCUGUUGUUGAGAUUAAAGGUGUGCACACCACUCCUAGCCUCUGUUUUUGCUUUUUGCUUAGAGCUAGUGUCUAAGUUGCUUAGGCUGGCUUUGAACUUGUCUCCCUUGCAAGUUCCUUGGUUGUUUUCUUUCUUGUUGAAUAAAAGGCCACCUCACACUGUUUCUUGCACUUAGCACAGCAUAGACCCUUCCUGGGCACAGAAUCUGGUUGGUGAAAUUUAGGAGUAAGGUCAGGUCCUAAGUUCAGGCAAGGUACCUUCCCUUGUAUCUCUGUAUCUAAGCAGCACCAAGGCAUCUGCCCUUUACGUGACCCUGGCUCCUAAAAGAUACUAUUUUUAGCUGUCACCAGGGUGAGACUGGGUUUCCUCCCCGUUUAUUGGUCAUCUUACACCUUGGAGAAGUCCUGUUACCACCUGAGAGAAUGAGACCCCAUUGGCCAGGACAGCUCACAAUGCCAUGGUAGCGUUCAGAGUUCUUGUGAUUGGCUCGCGACUAUUCUCCAAGAGCCUAUAGCCUGGAACUGAGUUUUGCUGCCUAGCACCAGGAGUCAAAGCUCCCUCCAAUGCGGCUUCCCAUUGGCUGUGGUGGCGCAAAGCCUUGGAGAGUGUGCACCUAGUCCCGCUGGAGGGCGACCGGACCUAAAGCAAGUUCCAGAAGCUCGACGACGACGACAACGACGACGUCGACAGCGACAACGGUGGGUGGUGGCGGCGGGCGACCUCGAGCUUGAGGAACAAAGGUUUUUUGACAAAGUAAGAACUCAGUCUUGCCUGAAGAUCUGUUCUGUGUCUCUGCCUGGGUUUCUCUUGGAGCUUCGCAUUUCUACCUGGACGCAAUCCUGAAGAAUUUGGAUUGAGAUCCAAACGGGAUUGGUGCCGAGCGAGAACCCCAGAGCGAAGAUGUUCUACUAUCCCAACGUGCUUCAGCGCCACACAGGCUGCUUCGCCACUAUCUGGCUGGCCGCUACCCGGGGCAGCCGUUUGGUGAAGCGGGAAUACCUAAAAGUGAACGUGGUAAAGACCUGCGAGGAAAUCCUCAAUUAUGUGCUCGUAAGAGUGCAACCUCCGAUGCCCGGGCUGCCCCGCCCCCGCUUCUCCCUCUAUCUCUCCGCCCAGCUUCAGAUUGGUGUGAUAAGGGUCUACUUUCAACAGUGCCAGUACCUUGUGGAAGACAUCCAGCAUAUCCUAGAGCACCUACACCGCGCCCAGCUGCGGAUUCGCAUUGAUAUGGAGGAGGCUGACUUACCUAGCUUGCUUCUUCCCAACUGCCUGGCCAUGAUGGAGACGCUGGAGGAUGCCCCAGAGCCCUUUUUUGGGACGAUGUCUGUGGACCCUACACUUCCCAGUCCUUUUGAUAUUCCUCAGAUUCGACACCUUUUAGAGGCUGCAACCCCGGAGAAAAUUCGUGAGGAGACCCUUCCUGAAGCCACGCCGGAGCCCAGGAAGCCUGACAGGACCUUGGCCAUGGUACAGUCCCCUGAGGUCAUCACCUUGCAGGAGGCAGAGCCCAUCCGCAUGCUGCGGAUUGAGGGAGAGCAGGAUCUCCCAGAGAUCAGCAGAGGAGACUUAGACCUGCUGAUCGCAGAGGAAGAUGACGCCAUAUUGCUGGAAGAACGUCAGAGAGGCAGACUUCUCCGGCAGCGGAGGGCUUCCCCACCACUGGAUGGUCAGAUCCCUGCACAGCCAACCUGGGAAUGGAAGUGUCCUGUCCUUCUGUCUCCUAAUUGUCUGUCUCCUCUCUCUGUAGAAUCCAAGGAAGAGCCCCGGGCCCUGGAAGGAGAUGUUUUGGUCUCCUCACUCUCACCUCCAGCUCCUGCACAGGUUGAAGGGAUAAGAGAACCACUUCCAGACCAGGCCUUUCCCCCUGAGGUACAGAAGAUGCCAGGCUGGGAGCCUGGGCCCCUACUCACUGAGGUGACCCCACCUCAGGAGCUGCGUCUGCCUGCCCCACCGAGUAUAGAGAAGAGGCCCCCGUCUCCUCAGAGGCCACCUCGCCGGCGCCGCCGCGGGCGCCAGUUAUUGUUCUGGGACAAGGAGACCCAGAUCUCCCGGGAGAAGUUUGAGGAACAGCUGCAGACUGGGGCUCACUGCUGCGAGUAUCCAGUGGUCCAGCCUCCCAAGAGGAAGCUCAUGAGCCCAGCGGAGCUCUUCAGAACCCCAACUCUCUCUGGCUGGUUAUCUCCAGAACUACUAGCUUUAUGGACCCACUGUGCCCAGGUUCCCCCAAGAAUGCUCAGACAAAGGCCACAGCUGGAGACUGAAGAGACAGUUGAGGAAGAGAGAGUGGCAGACAAGGAAGAAAGGAGAAAGACUGAAGCUCUGAGUGAGAUUGAGGUUCUGAGAGAGGCCCAGGAGCCCAGUGGUCCCCUCAUGUUGUCUUCAGAGCUCUCCCUAGAAGUAGCAGAAGAGGAAAAAUCUCGAACUAGCUUCAUCCCUCCAGAAGAACGGUGGGCCUGGAUUGAGGAGAGGCAGCCAGAGCCCCCUGCACUGCCCAUGCUGCCUGAACUUCCUGAAGUGCCCAUGGAGAUGCCCCCAGGGCCUGAACUACUCUCUUCAGAGGCUGUGCUCAGGGCAGUGGCACUGGAGCUGCAGGCUAACAGGGAGCCUGACUUCAGCAGCCUGGUGCCCCCUCUCAGCUCCCGAAAGUUGGCUUCUCGGGUCUUCUAUCUGCUCUUGGUGCUGUCCGCACAGAAGAUCCUUCUUGUGGACCAACAGAAGCCAUAUGGGCGCCUCCUGAUUCGUCCAGGACCCAAAUUCCCCUGAGCAAGUGUUCAUUAAACCAUAUCCU